AUGUCUGCAAAUAACCCUCGCCCAUCGUCGCGUCUGGCUGGCCUGAAAUCCUACAUUUCCACACAGAACCUUCGCACAGCUAUACCAGUUCGUCGAGCGCUCAAACCGGGAGAGAGCGGUUACGUUGGUGGGCGGACGACGACGCAGACCUGGAGUCAGUGGCUGGGUCAGAAAGUCAGACGGAGUGGAUCCGAUGUAACAACCACGGACGAAGUGACUCUAUUUCCUGGCUGGGCAUCGCUGUGUCUUGCGAGUGAACAUGAGGAUGAAAACGCAUUCGACUUACUUGUUUAUGUCUCUGGCUAUGCGACGGCACGCAGGUCGCCAGAGUUUCUUACCCGCUCUCAGCGUGCAUUUUUGAGAUUAGCUAGAGGUUAUGCAUCUCUACCCAAACUACCGGGUCAACAGUUGCCUGUCAAAGGAUCAUCUAUGAUAGAAAUUGACGGCAUCAAGCUACCUCCCCGUCCAGACGAAAUAGCAGAUGACUUCGAGAUGGAACUAAACAAAGAAUUCGAACACAUGAGAAACCUACAAAAGGCUCAACUUACCGAAGAACCAUAUGACUCUGAGUCUGACCCUCAACCAACAUCUUCACAUUGUGACACGUCAGCGCCGUUUAUGAGCGCUUUACUGCAGAAACAACACAAGAACCUCGAGGCGCGUUUGAGACCAUUUUGGUCAUCCGUAUUACCAUCCCGCACUGUCCAGAUAUCCAUUUUUGCUGUAUCUACUACCCCCGACGGCAUCGAUUUGAAAUGUGAUGCUCUCGAAGAUGGUCCGCUGUACACUGAACACAUAGUGACUGGACCAGACGGUGCCUUCGCAAACCCCUUCAAGAUUCCAUGGCAAGAUCUAUGCAGGCAUCCUAUAGCGCAGCACAGACGAUCUCGCGGAUCGGACAUAGAACAUGACCUACUCGUUUCUGCAAAGCUGUUACCUGAGCCAGCGCCCACACCCGCAUACCUGUUCCACAAAGACAUUCCAAAGAACAUUUCAGUGGUCGUUCCAAUCACAUCUUCACCUAUUCGUGUAAUAACAGACAUCGAUGACACAGUCAAACUCUCAAAUAUUACGAGCGGUGCUCGUGCCGUCUUCCGCAAUGUUUUUGUUAAGGACCUCGAGGAGACAACUAUUCCAGAGAUGGGGAAAUGGUACCAGACAAUGUGGGAACGAGGCGUUCGCUUCCAUUACGUCUCUAAUUCCCCCUUUGAAAUGCUCCCGGUCAUCAAAGAAUUUUUGCAAAUAUCCGACCUCCCGCAGGGAUCUAUUGCCCUUAAAUCUUAUAAUGGUAGAUCCUUCUUCAAUGCCCUUCUUUCUGAUCCUGCAACCCGCAAGCGUGCAAAUGUGGUUGAAGUCCUCGAUGGUUUUCCUGACUCGAAGUUUAUCUUGAUUGGAGAUUCAGGCGAGCAAGAUCUAGAGCUGUAUGCAUCCAUUGCCAUGGAACGUCCAAACCAGAUUCUGGCUGUGUUCAUCCGAGAUGUACACGACACAGGGCUUGCAGAUGCUACAGGUAGCUUGGCGAACCUCAUGUCCGCAAAGGUUUCUGGACCAGCCAAGAAGAUGAGCUUGCCAGCCCAACCCUCCACUCGUCCACACCCCCUUCGUUCGAUGUCUGACCCAGACACUUUGAAAGAGUCGGGGCCGUACACCGCAAAACCGGGGCCAUCCGUGAAGAGGAGACCCACGUCCAAAUUUACCUUGCCUCGUCAAUCAUUUUCCUCAUUUGAUACUCCCGCAAAUGCCGAUUCUAAAACCCAACCGAGGAUGUCUGUAGAUUCCAUAAGCUCGACUGGGUCGAGUUCCAGCUCUUUGUCUUUGCGCAACUUGAGACGGGCGACUGGUCAGACUACGCCACCUAUGACGGAGGCGGAGAAGAAACGUUUCGAAUUGCAGAACCGCGUAAACAAAGCGAGAUUAAUGAUGCGAUCUGACAUCGUUCUGCGGGUGUUCAAGUUUCCAGAGGAGUGUACAGAGACUGAGCGGCUUCUAGUGCCACUGAAAGAUAAAAUCGGGAGACCCACAUAG